AUGUCCCCGUCGGAUAAAACCAAAACGGCCGGUGUACUAGUUCACGGAUCUAUUCAUCACUUCACUCGCAAAGCUGGCAGACUGGUAAAAUGUAGAAGAUGGGCUUAUGUGAAUCAAGACAGUCUAUUGAUUUUCCCCGAUGCAUACACAUCCAGUCAUUGUUAUCGGCUACUUCUGACCGGUGCUGAUGUGAACAUCUCAUAUGAGGACGAAGACAAUCCACUGAUUGCGAUCACUGAACCGGAUAACACAAUCACUUAUUUGAUUCAACCGGAAAAGCCGUAUAAAUUUCAAAAGUGGCUUAGUGCAAUUUACAAAGCCUCGCGCAGUCCGUCUGAAGGAUUGAACACAAACAGUAAUCUGACUAGCGGUGGUCAGGCAUCGUUAUUUUCGGCAAAUGGUACAUUGCCUGUGCCCUCGGACGUGCCCGAUUUUACCGUGAUCCCGAAACAACGAACUCACCAGUUAUCAAUGUCACAUAGAAACCACGUGGACCAGACCAAUCCGACUCAAUCCGAACGGACUAAAUCGAUCAACCCACCGGCAGUUCCUAAACGCAUUGCUUUACCGUGGGAUUGCAAAUCCCAUCGAGGCCACAAGAACCACUCGAAAACGCAGAACAGUCAAAUGGACAAUCAGUGGACUCCAGUUCCACCGGCCCGUUCAACGAAACGGGUUCCGUUUAGUCAAGUAGACGGAUCUGGUCAACAACCACCUCCCAGACCGCCACGUUCGGGAAUACCAUUGAAAACGGUGAAAGAGCAUCCGGAUAUGCGAGACAGUGAUAUUGUGCCGACCAAAUCGUUAGAUGAAGUGAAAAGUCGUUAUCCGGUUAGCGGUUUAGCCAAACGCAUGAGUAUUUCUGCGUCAGACUUACUCGGAAAAUCGCGCGAUGAACUCAUACUGCUACUGUUACAACUGAAUCGGGAGAAAGCGAAUUUGCAACGAUGGCAUGACUAUUUUACCCGUCAAAUCGAUCUAAUCCGCUCAUCAAAACGGGACAGCGCAGAUGCAAAUAAAGAUAUUGAAGCAAUCGAGGUGGAACUGAAAGACGUGAAUGGACAAUUGUCACUCUCCGAACCGCUGGUCACAUUCCUUAGCAAUAUGCUUCGAAUGGGAGAUCUGUACGGGGGCGAUGAUGUGUUGUUCGCCAGCGAAUAUCGUCAACACUUACUUUCCCCACACGAAAUUGUGCCGCCCAAGCCAAGCCUUACUCUGGCUCGCGAAGUUGAGGCACGUGAAGUUGCCCGCAGUUUAAAUGCAUCCAAACGAAAAAUGACCAAUCCACCGAAACCGGCCACCCGUAGCAGUACAGUGACCGAUCAGUCGUGCACUCUGGCCAACUGGAUUGCCCAAUCGGAUCGCGUCGACUGGGCUUCCGGUCCGUCCCGGAUACAAGAGAAUUCUUUGGACCGUAGCGUGCGUCGCCGGAGCACGGAUGUGGAUUUCAACUAUGUGGAAGAGACAGCCUCAAUGCGACGACGACGGGAACAGUUGGAGGCGGAGUUAGCGGAUUUGGAGGAACUUUGUGCACCGCACAGUGAAAUACAUCAACGUCUCAGAGAGACUCAACGCGCGUUGAGGUCAACGGAGCACAGUAGCGCCAAAAUGCAAGGUUCAAUAUCACAUGCCAGUGGACCGUCCGCGGCACUGUUGCGUCGCUUACGAGCCGACCAGUAUUCGGGCCAGCGACGUCCCCGUACCGAUUCCACACGGGCUCGUUCACGAUCGGGCCCGGACGAGGAACAACAUCACGUUGAGGAAUGGUUGGAUCCGACUCGUCAGUAUAGCGAAUCGUUUCGGCGCGGGACAAACGAUUCCGGACGGACAACUCCUCGCCGGAGAAAUCAAUCGGCCUCUGGAAGGUCACAGCAAUUCACUCCAAUUCAAGAUCCGGGCGACUUUGACAGUCGAAAUGAGUCGUUGAGACGGUAUCGUAGUAUCCCGGAUCAUCUGAACCUGAUGAAACAAGAUGAGUCAGUCGGACUCAGUGAACUGACUCGCCAGAAAUCCUUCGAAUGGGAACCAUUAAAUCGUCCUUUGAAUAUGCCGCGUCCUUUGCCUGAAUCGUCACAAAAAUUCGCCGCCCUUCAACCUGAGGUUUUUGUAUAUCCAUCACGUGCAAACACACUGUAUCUGUCCAAUUAUAGCCAACGAGUCAGCCGACGAGAACCGGAUCAGUCUAGAGAACCCCUGUCACGGUUGGAGACACUUGGUCGUGAUGGCUAUCUUCCCGAACCCGGGUAUGGGAUCACAUAUACACCAUCCGAUCGUUUGUUCCGUGAGUGGAGCCAGCCUCUUGUCGAUCCAAGCGACAGGUUUCAGAGACAUAACAGUCUAAAACCGAACACCGAUUCCAUGCCCAAUAAACGCUCGAUAUUUGGUUAUUCAAACGAACGAAUCGAUCGCACCCUGGAUCCGGACCUGAUGGACAAUGGAGACAUUCCCCGAGUGGUGCGCGCCUAUAACAGUAACACAAAUGAAUUGCGACCGAAUUACAGCUCACCAGAUUUGACACGCUUACCGGAUGCUAUUCAAUUUGGUAAAUCCGAGAACGAGUUGUUCGAGAUGACCGACCGGCCAACACCACGAAACCGUGCCUCAAUUUUCGAAUAUCCUAACCCGGCAGAAGAGGAUGUGAACUUGGUGUUCACGGAUUUGAAAAAUCGCCGCUAUUCACCAUCAGCUUGCUGGAAUGGACGAACGCAGGAGAAUGUCACGCGAUCGCGGAAGUCUUCCACCCGACUGCAAUCACCGUAUGACGGUUCUCAUACGAUUCAACUGUUGAAUCGAAACCCAUGGGAGUCCGGAAUUUCCAGUCGAGGCCCAGGCAGUCCGAGCUCCAUUGAUACGGAAUCGACCACGAAAGAGCCCGGUCGUGAAUUGACCAGUCCCGUGAAACCCUUUAGCCACAGUAUUGAUGAAUGGCUAAAAAUGGAAUCUCCACCGGCGUCUGGAAAACCACUGGUAAACGGAGACAGAUCGGUCCACACACCCGAGUUGUUGCAAAUGAAUUUACGUAGAGACGGCGAUUUCCCGUCCGACCAUAAAUCCCCAGAUCAGUGGCGUUCCCCCGUAGCUGAACGACAGAAUAUUCAUGACGAAUUUGAGCAACCCGUUUUCUCGCCGCCUGAACCAAUGAAAAUACAAGAACGGUAUGUUCCAUCACCACCUCAAGGUGAACCAACUGAUAUGCUGCUUCGUCAGAGCAAAGAGAUGCGUUUAAAUGCCAUUCGUGAGGUGUUAUUACGUCAAAGACUCAUUGAUAGUUACGAUCACCGAGAUUCUCCCCCGAAUCCCACAUCUACACCAUCACGAGAUGGCGAUCGAAUCAAUCAAAAUGUGCACCUGAUUUCCAUGCAAGCGAAGUUAGCCAAAGAUGCCGUUGCCUCUGUUUUUCAGCUAGCAGGUACGCUGAAUGAUGGGAUUGAGGUUUUUCCUUUAUAA